AGCACAGGUCAGACCACAUAACACUAGAUCUACAACAACGACAAUUAAUCACUACCUAAAGAAAAAUGUCGUUUGACAUCUUACAUGACAGGCUGACAGCCUUGCAAGAAACGACUGCACAACUGCGCGAACUAAUCGAUCGACUCGAAACACUGAAGUUCCAGCCUGGUUCAGUGCCGCUGGGUACCGAUGAGGAGGACAGCGUCAGCGGUGAAUUGAGCUCAGAAAUAACUUCUAUUCUUCGAAUUGUUACAGACGACCAAGAAUUGCUGCAGGAAGACAUCGGAUAUCUUAGAGCGGAUGGUGAGAAUAAAUCAAGGUUACUAGAGGGCGUGCGAAAGGUCAGCGAGGAGCUAGCAAGCCAUCGUACAUCAUUCAGAAAGGCAAGGCUCACUGCUAAGAGGAAUAUUGCAGAGGCGCAAAAGCUCGAGCGCCAGCUUAUUAUGAAAUCUUACACGCAGCCAGCAACGACGACAAGCGACGAGCCGUCCGAAGAAACAUCGAACCCAGUUCCUGUACAGAUCUUACGACGACGUACACAACAGCACAAUCACUCGAGCCUUUCUGAGGUUGAUCAAGAAACAGUCGGUGCAAGUAGUAAUGUCACAAAUGCGUUGCGCCGAACGCAUGACCUCAUCGCCUCAGAACUAUCACGAAGCGAGUUUGCACAUCAAACCUUAACAGAGUCAUCGGCCGCCUUGAAACAGCUCGACGAAUCAUAUGGCUCACUGGAUACAAUGCUGGUCAAAUCAAGAGAUCUUUUGGGCACCUUGCUCAAAUCUCAAAAGAGCGACACUUGGUAUCUUCAAACAGCCAUGUACAUGUUGAUGGUAACUCUUGGUUGGCUCAUCUUCCGUCGCUUGCUGUAUGGGCCCAUCUGGUGGUUGGUUCUCUUCCCUGUUCGUAUCUUGUUCGGCGUGGGUUGGAAAGUAUCAAGUAUUGUAGCGCCAGCGAAGCCAGUGGCGUCUCCUGCCAGAGCUCACGAGCUAAACGCAAAGCAACAAGUAGAGGUGGAGGGUUUGCCCGGUGAAGAUUUACCGACAAUCGAUACCCAUGAGGACCAUAAAAGCCUCCCGAUAGUUGAGAUUGUAGACGACGCUGUUAAGACGGCCACAAACGAAGCUACCGAACGUCUCGACGAUGCACAAUCAGAUACACGUAUCGCGGAUGAGUUAUAACCAUACAAGGCAUGUUCUUAAACCCAUAGGGAAGCGUGGUAGAGGCGCACCGUAAUUAUUUUAAAUUCAAUUGGUUCGUCACUAUAUAUGUAAAAAUCACCAUUUCUGUCCUGUCUGUUCAGACACCAUUCAUUUUGCUUUUAUACUGCCGCCAGAGCUACCACCACGCCAGCGCUAAAUCACUCAACUCCCAACCUAUGCAAACAAUGCAUGAAGCAUUCUAUGGCCUGUCAGGGCCAAUACGGGCAAUCUCGCUAGUCCAUGGAAUACCAAGCUUCUUCAUCUCCACUGCGAGUUGGAAGAGAUAGUCCAAGCUCUCGCACUGUGUCUUGGCCUUGUGGACGUUGUCACCCCAGACAUAGACACCGUGGCGUCGCACCAACACCGCAUAUGUAUCCGGAUAUUCCUCCAUGGCAGCUUCAAGGUAUUCAGUGAGGUCUUCUUCAUGGGGCGUGUUCUCGAUGACUGGAAUACGAAGAGUAUCAUGGUAGCCCAGGUUGCCUGAUUUCGUCAUCCCGCGGCCAAAUCCCUUAAUCUGUUCGAUGUUGUUGAUCUCAAAGACCUUUUCAUUCCCAGACCCCUGUGUUUCAAGCAACAGAGUUACGAGGACUGCCCAUUGUGAGUGGGUGUGAAUACAGCAGCCAGCGCCACGCUUCGUAAAGGCUGCAAGGAAUAGAGGAGUGCACUGUGAAGGCUUGUAGCAUGGUGGGGAGCGGAGAUAUGUACGGUCGGUAAAAGUAGAGUUCUGGGCGGCAAGAGAGAGGACAUAGAUAUCGGUGCUCUUCAUCAAUUCCUUCUGAACGCCAGA